ACUCGUUCUCUUGGGAAACUCUCUUGUAUGAGUAGCUAUUUAUAGAGCAAUGGCGAUUAGUGAAAUCAACAAUCUCACUGGUUUGUGUUGCAGAAAUUAUGGAGGCCAUGAGAGUUUUGAGCAAAACAAAUUUGAUAUCAGGAAGGAGUAUUCCUCAUACAAUCCUUAUCCCCACUUCAGUAAGAGAGGAAUCAAAUCAACUUGGCCUUUCUCAUCUUCCUUCACUGGGCAAAACUUCUUUAUUUUCCUUGCAAAGAAGUCUUGGGAGUUUGAGAUGUAGGAGAAGUAGCAGGAAUUUUGCGUUGAAAAUAGAUAUCCAUCGUGAAAGCGAGAAAGUUAAGAAAGAGAGGUUUAAUGAUUAUGAUAUCAAGGGAGAAGUGACGCUGCAGAAGGUGUCUCUUUUCAGCGUUACGGACUACUCUGCAGCAGUUGCUGAUGGGGUUUCAGAGUUGAUGGGCAACAGAGUAUACCUGCAGCUUGUCAGCAGCGACCAAGUUGAUCCUGAGACGGGAUCAGGGAAAACAGUUAGCGAACCAGCUUAUUUAAGGUGGGAUUCGUGGGGCGGACCAAUUUCCGGAGACACCCGCUACAAAAUUACAUUCAAAUGGAACCCUGCGCUUGGUUUGCCCGGCGCCUUUCUCAUCAAAAACAUGCAUGCGCGAGAGUUCUUUUUGAAAUCUCUCACCAUUUUCAUCCCAGGUCAAGGUCAAAUUCGAUUUCACUGCAAUUCCUGGAUAUCCCCAUCUAAACCUAACGAGAAUGAUCGUGUUUUCUUUGCCAAUAAGGCUUUUCUUCCAGAAGAGACUCCAAUCGGUCUGAGGAUACUGAGGGAGAUGGAUAUGAAAUCUCUGCGUGGCGACGGAACGGGAGAAAGAAAAAUGGGCGAUUUGAUUUAUGAUUAUGAUGUUUACAAUGAUCUUGGUCAGCCAGACAAAAGUCCACAACUGCGUAGAGAAGUGCUGGGUGGAUCGCAGGACUUCCCAUACCCCAGAAGAUGCAGAACUGGCCGCCCACGUAUUAAAACAGCUCCAGAAUUCGAGACCCGAACAUCAACAAAUUUUGUUCCUCCAGAUGAAAGAUUUCCGUACUCUGAUUUUUCUGACUUUGGAGCAAACACAAUCAUCGCAUUUGCCAACAUGAUCAUUCCCACACUUGUUACCGUCUUCGACAAAGCCUUCAAAACCAUGGAUGAAGUCAAUGAACUUUACAGAUCGGGACUUCAAAUCCCUGAAAAUUCUCACAAGCUACACCGACAACACAAGAGCCCUCUCCAAAUUAUCCAGCGACUCGUUGAGGAGGUGGAGGAUGACAUUCCCUUCAUAAAUUUCAAUCGUCCCCAAAUUGUUGAAGCUGAUGAGUACGCGUGGAGAGACGAUGAGGAAUUCGCACGCCAAACUCUUGCGGGUGUGAAUCCAAUGGUAAUUCAGUGUUUUCAGAAAUUUCUUCCCUCUGGUAACCUGGAUGAAAAGGUGUACGGCCCGCAGAAGAGUGCUAUCACAGCCCAACAUAUAGAAAAGAACAUUGAGGGCCUUUCUGUGGAUCAGGCCUUGGCGUCGAAGCGGCUAUUUAUUGUAGACUACUAUGAUGCAUUUACGCCCUAUGUGGAGCGAAUCAACAAAAUUUCUGACGAUGUUAAAACAUAUGCAAGCCGGACAAUUUUUUUCCUCACCACGGAAGGAACAUUAAAGCCAGUGGCCAUAGAGUUGUGUUUGCCUCCAAUCGAUGGGAAUCCAGCUGUAAGGAAGGUGUUCACACCAGGCAAACAUGGAACAGAAGAAGGAGCACUGUGGCAACUGGCCAAAACCCAUGCAAAAUCCAAUGAUGCAGGUUACCAUCAGCUUGUCAGUCAUUGGCUGAGGACCCAUUGUGUCACAGAGCCUUUAUUACUGAUCCCCCAUUACCUAGAUACGAUGGACAUCAAUCAAGCUGCCCGCCAGAGUUUGAUAAAUGCAGCAGGUAUUAUUGAACAAGGCUUCACUCCUGGCAGAUACGCUUCAGAAAUGUCAUCUAAAGUCUACAAAAACUGGAAAUUUAACGAGCAAGGAUUGCCUGCUGACCUUCUUAUUAGGGGAAUGGCAGUUCCAGACUCGAAGGCACCUCAUGGUUUGAAGCUUAUGAUUGAGGACUACCCAUAUGCUGUGGACGGCCUUGAAAUAUGGUUUGCCUUAAAACAAUGGAUUUCAGAAUACUUGUCUCUGUAUUACAAGGACGAUGCCUCUGUUCGAAGAGACAAAGAAUUGCAGGCUUGGUGGGAUGAAAUAGUAAACGUGGGACAUGGAGAUCUCAAAGACGAUCCAUCUAGAUGGUUUAAGAUGGAUUCACUGGAUGAAGCAAUCCACGUGAUCACAACUAUCAUCUGGACUACAUCUGCUCACCAUGCAGCAGUCAACUUUGGGCAGUAUUCCUAUGGAGGAUACAUGCCCAAUAUGCCCACAAUGAGCAGACGCCUGAUUCCAGAGAAAGGAACACCGGAUUACGAUGAGCUCCUGAAGGACCCAGAAGGAUAUUUCUUCAGCACUGUUUCUUCUCCAACACAGGCCACCCUUAUCAUGGCUGUUUUGGAAAUUUUGUCAAAGCAUUCAAAAAAUGAGGUAUAUCUGGGACAAUUGCAGGGAUCCACCUUGGACAGAAUAGAUGAUGAAGCUGUAGAAAGAGCAUUCGAGAGAUUUUCAGCCAACAUGAUACAGAUUGAGAGGAAUAUAAUCGAGAGGAAUAGUAAAAGCGAUGUUUAUAAGAACAGGCAUGGACCUGCAAAAGUUCCUUAUACCUUGCUCUACCCCAACACUACUGAUUUAUCAAGAGAAGGUGGUCUCACAGGCCGCGGAGUGCCGAACAGCAUAUCCAUUUGAUUGCAUUUUCUUACUCCGCUUAUCUUAUUAACCCUUAGCUUAGUUCAUUGUCACUGGCAAUAAAUUUGCAGAUUGAGGCGAAUCAGAUGGCUUCAACUGAAUAUAAUUCAGGUUCGUGUAGGGGAUUAUAGUCGAGUCACUUAUAAUAAUUGAUGUCCAAUGUGCUUCAAAUAGGGGGAAGCUUCAUAGUUGAACAAGUUUUAAUAGUUGUGCAGUUAUUCGUCUGACCUAUUAAUUGAACAUGUUCCUAUUAUUGUUUGAAUAUAAAAAAAUAUCAAUAAAUAUUUUUAAAAAUUUCAA